AUGUUGUUAAUGAGUUAUAAAAUUAUCUUAUAAUAAAAACAAAUAGCAUUCAAAUAACUUCAUAACUACUUAUUCAAUUAAACCACUAAAUUUUCGGAAAGUUUUGUAGUAUCAACUGACCGUAGUUAUUAUGGCAGAAGAACGUGAAAAUUGUGAUGAUGAAUUAAAAAUUGUGAACAGAAACCGUGAAUAUUAUGUCUCUAAAAAGUUAAUUUGUUCAUCUGUGCCUUACUUCGAGAAAAUGUUUUGUUGUGAUCUAUUGGAGUCAAAGGAAAACAAGGUUGAAUUAGAUUUCGACGAACGUGCCUUUGAUGCUGUCCUCGAUUGGGUUCAUUCUGGGUCGUUCUGCAUCCAAAUGAAUUAUGUGAUUAGUUUUUACGAAGCAGCUGAUUACUUGAUGAUAAAUGAUGGUUUAUUAGAGCCAUGUCUCUCUUAUUUCAAUGAAAACUUCACUAUUGAACAUCUUCCAAGCGUUUUAAAGCAAGUCUCAAAAGUGUCUAAAUUGACAAGUUCUGGAUCUAUUAACAACAUUAUUUGUCGCUACUUCUUGAUGAUCGUCAAUACGAAUGUUUACUUGAACUAUCCAGUCGAGACAGUUGAAGCUAUUCUCAAAUUGGAUUUGAUGGUUCACUCUGAAUAUCAAAUUUUUGAAUCAAUCAUGAAAUGGGUGAAUAAAAGAGCUAAUUAUAGAAAAGGAUUACUUCGGCGGUUAUUGAACUGUGUUCGGUGGUCUUUCAUGGAUCCUGUAGAUAUUUCUAAGAUAAAGAAUGAUGAAUUAAUCAAGACUCUCACGCAAAUGGAUUUGGAUGCAUUUAUCCCCUCUAAUACUGAAUAUGGAUUCAAUCGCUGCAAACAAAGCUUCUUUGUAUCCAUCCAUCAAAUGGAUUAUAAAACGUUACGAAUAAAAGUGUUAGAUAAUAAAUUAUUUUGUUUCUCGAUUGGCCAUUUCAUUCAAGAAAAUACAAUGUCACUUGAAUUUGUUCAUGAAGAACAUACUUCUGAUAUUUUAUUUGAUUCUGGAACCAAAGGUAUUCGAAUUGAUUGGGAUAAAAAGAUAUUUCGAUGGCUUGAUUUCAAAGUUGCUGGUAAAACUUACUACAGUCAAUUGAGGAAAUUUAUUGUAGAGUUUUGGAUCGAAGAAAGUUCCUGUUAUUUGGAAGACAAAGAUGCAGAACUUCCUGAUGAUAUUACGAGUGAAGAGAGAUUGUUCCUUGAAUCUGAUGGUAAAUUCAUUGUUAUUGGUGAGCCUCUCGUCAAGCAAAAGUGGUUUGGUAUUUUUCCAGCUCUUCAUGAAAGUUGGUUCAAUAAUUAUGAAGAUCAUAGCCACUCUUUUAAAGCCACUGUUUUGGACAAAGUUGUUUAUAUAUUGACAGAGGAUCUCGAAUUUAUUCAAUUCAAUUAUGAAACUAAAUCCUUCGAUAAGAGUAAACCAUUCAAAGACGAAAAGUGGGAUCUCAAUGAUUUAAUCUUAACUUCGCAUCAAACAAACGACGAUAAAGUUAUUUUGGUCAACAAAUCGUCAGGAAAAUUACAUUAUUUCUGUAUCAAGCAGAAGAAAUGGAUUGAAAAAUAUCGGAUCAUGAAUGUAAAUUUUUGUUCCAAUAGUUCCAAUGUUUAUGUUGAUAAGUUAAUUACCUUCACUUCAACGUUUUUACCGAUCAAAAAUAUCAAACCUUUGUAUAGGCAAAGCUUUUAUUAACUUUGAACUACCUGAAUCACAUUCAGACGUGAAUAUUCAUCGGUUUCAAUUGUGAGUGUCAUUAAAUGUAGCAUUGAUGAAAAACACUCUUGUUUUUAACGUUUUUAGAAUCCUUCCUACAGAUUUAUUAUAUUUUAUAUCAUUCCAAACCGACUGACAUCAGUUUGCAAAAAUAACGCUUGUAAUGCAAAAAUGAUACUCGUUCACGCUGAUGGUCGUAAACCAAGAUUUUUCAUACCAGUUCAUGAAAAAAGGCAAGAAAUUUUGUUUCGGUCAUUUUACUCAGGAUGAAUCUAUUCCACUUGAAUUUUUCAUGUCAUUGUUCAUUUCUAAUGCUGUAAUUUACCCACAAUUAAAACCUUAUAUUUUAUUUUCUUAUUUAAA